AUGGCGAAGCUACUGCUUGGUGAAGACAUGUCAGAUAAAUGGUGGCUUCUUCUGCCACGUGUGCCAUCUGAUGGACUCUCUGAGCAGUCCAGGAAGAAGUUAGACCACACUCAUAAUUUAACUAACCAAAUCUUGAAAGCAUGUAUGUCAAUCAAAAACAGUGCUUUAGCUGAAAUAGAAGUUCCACAAGCAUACUUUGAAGCUCUUCCAAAGAAUGUGAGUCCAUGCCUUGGAGAUUUUCUUUAUAGAAGCAUCACGUCUGAUAACUUCUCAGCAGAUUACUUGCUUGGAAUCCACUGGCGCAAGACCCUCUUAGGCGGGAUGAUAGUGAAAGAGAUGGUGAAUCAAAUGAAGCAGUUUGCAGCCAAAGAUAGCUCAAGAGAGAGAGCAUAA